AUGAUAACUGUUGCAAUAAAAAUAUUACUGGAUAUUUCUGUUGGUGACUGCGUGCCAGUCAACGUGGAUAAAGUGGAUAGGAGUUCAGGAGAUCCACAAAAUAUUAUCGCAGUAAUAACUGAUUUUAAAAAUGGUGGGUGUCAAGUUGACACUGUCGCAGGGCUGAUAAAAUCUUGGUUCAGCAAAAGUGAUCUCAAGAAAGCGUCAUCUACUUUUAUCAAAAUUGAUCAAGUGAACCAAAGUACAUUUAUUUCGCUUAGAGAAGCAGUUGCUGCACUGUCGCUAUUCAACGGACAAGGUUUCGUAAAGUGUUCAUGUCAACUGUCUAAAACUCAGUGUAAAACUAAUCGAUGUUUGUGCUUUAAAUCAAAACAGCUAUGUGAUGUAGUUUGCCGCGAUUUGUUCUUCGAUAAAACGGACAAUUUUGGAGGAUAUAUCGCAAAAAUCGGUGCUCAAUACGUUGUACCAUACAUUUCUUAUUCAACCGAAAACGGAGUUAAGCGACUCGAAGGCUUCGAUUAUGAAAUAGUCAAAUUGCUGUUCGGUAAAUUGAACAUAAUAAUAUCAUUUGGAGAAAAGGAUAUUGUAAUUUUGAAAACGUAUAACAAGGAAAUCAGCCAAUAUUUGUUGAUGCAAUUAGAGAACAGAACUAUUGAUUUCGCAGUAAAUUCCAUAGUUUUAAGAGGUUAUCCUAACCAACUUGAAGUAACUUACGUAUUCUAUCAAACAGGAUUAAGUGUUAUUACUCAGUAUCGUGAAAUAAAAAAAAUCGUGAGUUACCUGUUCAGUUUUUUGCCCUUUCAUGUAAUAGCAAUGCUUUUCAUUACAAGUAUCGUCAUAUUCUUUUUACUGCAAUACUUAUUGCGAGAUCCAUAUUCGCGAAAUUUAAUAGACAUUCUGCGGGUUUUUCUGAAUUUACCUAUACCCACAUUGCCGUCAACCAUCCGCGGAAGAAUACUUUUCGGGAUAACAUUGAUAAGCUUUACUGUCGCUAACAUGGUAAUUCAAUCACACAUGAAUACAGUCUUGGUUUCAAGUAAUGCCGCUCAGAAUGUUGAAGAUUUGAACGACUUGAUUCAUUUAAACUACCGUGUUUAUACUCGUGGAAAAAUAGGAGAUGAUCUAAAAAAUGCAGGUGUGUCAAAGAUUGUAGAAGUUCAGAGUAUUAUAAAUUGCUCUAAACUAGAAGAAAAGGAGGCUUUUGCAUCAAAAGAAAUUUCUCUUCUGCCGAUGAGAAAUGAAAACUGUCAUAUACCUCGAAAACCAAUCAUACCCGGAAAGUUUCUUGUUUACUACAUGCGUCGUAAUUGGCCGAUAUUUCCUAGAAUUAAUAAGAGAUUGUUGAUGCUAUUUGAAGGUGGCUUAACCAACUAUCAUAUAGAAAAAAUCUUGGAAAAAUACCAACAGCUCGUUCAGGAACCUGAUCAGUAUCAAGUAAACUUAACUGAACAUUGUUUUUCUGACAUUAAAGCAAGUGUUUUGAUAACUGAUUUUCCAAGCAAUGCACUAUUGUAUGAUCUCUUCACUAGUAUGACUCAGUCUGUAUCAUUUCUCGAUAAAUCAAGAAACUACAACAUUCCGACUAAUCAAAACACGCCGAUCCCUUGGAUAAUUUUGGUAUUGACAUCACCCAUAAAGUUCAAGGACGUUCUCGACAAAGAGGCGUGGCGAGAUUUCAACCAGUUCUUCAUAAUCCUAGAUGGAGGCGACACCAACAAUGGAUGCGUCAAUGCUCACUCAUUCUUGAUGGAAGCCUGGGAAAACGACAUACUCAAUGUGGUUUUUUUGUGCGUGGAUCAUCGAAAUCAGGCCUCAAAAUUAUUCAGUUUCAAUCCCUUUACUAGUUCAGUUCCAAUGUCUUGGGAGAAAGUUUCAGUGGUUCCAGCAAUUAAUGGCCAUCCGUGGACUCUGCUGAGCAGAAACUUCAACCCUGAUGCAGGAUGCAGGGAUAUAUUCUUCACUAAAGUUAAAAAUCUAGGUGGAUAUCACAUCAAAGCUGGAUAUUUUCUACUUCCUCCCUACGUUUAUUCUAAUAAAGUCAACGGGGUCGCAGUAUUGACUGGUGACGACUACAAAGUUAUGCAAGUUCUAACAAACAAAUUAAAUGCAACUUUAGUAUACAAAGAUAAAAGUGCUGAGUACUGGCGGCCGUCUGCCAACAAAAAUGGAAAUUUGUUUACAUGGGAAGAAUUUCAUCAUAAGACAUUAGAUUUUAGAAUAAAUAUAUUUUUUUUGAAAGUUCCAAGUAUAAAAUUCGAAUGUAUGUAUUCGUUUCACGCGGCAAAAGCUACUGUUAUCACAAAGUAUUGUGAGUUUACGGCAUUUGGGGGACACAUAUUUACUUUUCUUCCGUUAUCAAUCGCAGCACUUUUCUUAGUCACAAGUCUCUUCGUAUUCAUGCUUCUUCGGUACAUAUUCAAAGAUCCAUACUCACGAGACUUCAUAGACAUUUUUCGCGUUUACUUGAAUUUACCAUUGCCUCGAUCACCAAUCUUGACUCGCGGGCGGAUUGUUUUCGGUGUUACUUUGGUUAGCUUUACUGUUUCCAAUAUUGUCAUUCAGUCUCAUAUGAACAUGGUAAUGGCGUCUAAAAAUGUCGCUCGUAACGUUGAGACUAUUGGAGAUUUUAUUGAAUUAAACUACACUGUACUUGCAACUUCACCCUAUCUCAUCGAUGAACUAAAAGCUUCCGGUAUAAAAAAUGUAUUGCGUCCCAAGGAUUUGAAUUGCUCAAAUUUAAAGAAUAAUGAAGCAGUAGUCGCCUCUGAUAUUGUUAUUCACUCAAUGAUGGCGAAGGGGUGCUACGUACCAAAACAGCCAUUUUUAACAGGGGCACUCUUAACAUAUCACACACGCCGAAAUUUUCCUAUUUUUCCAAAGUUAAAUCAUAACUUAAUCAUGUUAUUUGAAAGUGGGUUCACGGAACCUCGUUUAGGGCAUCCGAAGAGUGAUAAACAAGAAUCGGUUGAAUAUGAGGUGAUCACCAUGGCUCACAUGGAGUAUGUAUUUUAUGCCUACAUGAUUUUUAAUUUCUUCUCACUUAUAGUCUUUAUUGUCGAGGCAUACAUAUUACACGAUUAA